AUGUCGCCACGCACAGCGCUCAGUUGUCAGCUCUUUUUGGCGUUGCCCCCCGGGAACGGUUCCUCUCCGCAUUCGAGACAGGACCGGGAUCCGCAUGCAGAGCCUUACCACAAGAUGGCGGAAAAGCCGGGAGAAGGCAGCUCGGAUGCUCGAGCGUGGACUGGGGUCGAAAGCAGUCUUGCGAGGGAGAACCCAGACGAUGAUUUUCUCUGUGCACUUGCGGCAGGCUCUCUUGAAAGCGCCUCUUUGCCUUCUCUGUCGUGUCGCCACCUCCAGAACGCAACAAAGGACGCAAGCCGUCUAGACACCUCAGGCUGCGACGCUCGUUCUUUGGCGUCUUCGCGUUCUUCUCUGCGCCUGGAUCCUGUCACAACGCUCCAGAAGCGCGGCACAGAGAACGAAAAACGACAGAGGGAAGUGCAAGCUGGGGUGCGAAGAGGAAGAGAGGCACACGAAGAAGAGGAGCGACAGGACAUCGGAAAAGAGGAGCGAGAGGCACACGAAGAAGAGGAGCGAGAGGACAUCGGAAAAGAGGAGCGAGAGGCACACGAAGAAGAGGAGCGAGAGGCACACGAAGAAGAGGAGCGAGAGGAAAUCGGAGAAGAGGAGCGAGAGGACAUCGGAAAAGAGGAAGCGUUGAGUGAGAAGUCCUCUUUGGGGGUUGAGACGAAUGCGGAGUUGGAGGCUGACGCGAGUGCUGGCCCGCCGCGAAUCCGGUGCCGCCGAUGCGCGCAGCUCAUGGAGUUUGAUCCCGGAAGUCGAUUUGUCCAGUGCUACCAGUGUGCAGCAAUCAACCGAGUGCUGCCGCGAGGGGACGACGGAGUCCACGCAGGCGGUGAGGUUCUCGCCCUCAUCUGUCCAAGUUGUCUGACGACCAACCUGGCUCCGCGCGACAAGCUGAUCGUGCGCUGCGGGGUCUGUGGAACCUUGUCUGUCGUGCCGUCGGCAGACCGCCUGGUUUGUGAAGCGCCGGGCGAAAGAGGCGUUAGGACUGCAGAAGCGCGGUUGCCAGAGUGA